AGCGGGCGAGCUAGCGGGCCGGCGGACGCGGCGCCGCGGUGGGUCGCGCCCAGCGGGGAGGCCGCGGCGGCCGCAUCAGCGCUGACGUGAGGCGACGUGGGCCGGCGCCGGUCCCGGUGGGGCUCGUCGUCCCUCCUCCUCGUGUCCGUAAGCAGUGACGAGGCCGCUACGUAAAUCGCUUCGCGGCGGUUGAUGAAACUUGCUUGUGCUGGUGAACUUAACCAACUCCAGACUCCGCAGACGACUCUGGUUCCCUGCUGAGGCCAGCUACUGCAGGACUACGGUGUGAACGCAUGUGUAGAAUUGCGGUCAUUUCACGAAAAGCUAAAUACAGAAGAAAACGGGAAGAAGCAAAGCAUUGAUUACAAAUGUCUUAAUAAUGAGCAAAUGUGGCAGGAAAAAAUAUAUUAAGACAAAUCUCAGACAAAUGGAAACACUUGACUGUCAGCAGGACGGAGGUGUACCAGGCUCUGUGGCCGAGAGCGAGUCUGCUCACCUGCAGGCGCAGACUGACCCAAAUUCAGCCCCCACUUUAGCCCAGGUUUCUGUAGCUGGACCAGGCACCGGAAGAGGCUCCCCCACUGUGACUCUGGUACAGUUACCUUCGGGCCAGACUGUCCAUGUCCAGGGAGUAAUUCAGACACCACAGCCAUCGGGCACCCCGUCACCACAGAUACAGGCGGUGCAGGUAGUAGCCAUCGCAGAGGCUGAUGACUCUGCAGAAUCAGAAGGUGUAACUGACUCUCAGAAACGGAGAGAAAUCCUUUCACGAAGACCCUCUUAUAGAAAAAUACUGAAUGAACUUUCCUCUGAUGUGGCUGGUGUUCCCAAGAUUGAAGAAAAGUCAGAGGAGGAAGGCGUGCCCCCUCACGUGGCUGCGAUGGCAGUGCCGACUAGCAUUUACCAGACCAGCACGGGGCAAUACAUUGCUAUAGCCCAAGGUGGAGCAAUCCAGAUUUCUACCCCAGGAUCUGACGGUGUUCAGGGCCUGCAGGCAUUAACAAUGACAAACUCAGGAGCUCCUCCGCCAGGUGCUACAAUCGUACAGUACGCAGCGCAGUCAGCUGAUGGCACACAGCAGUUCUUUGUCCCAGGCAGCCAGGUGGUGGUUCAAGAUGAGGAAACUGAACUUGCCCCAAGUCACAUGGCUGCCGCCACUGGUGACAUGCCUACUUACCAGAUCCGGGCCCCAGCUACGGCUCUGCCUCAGGGUGUGGUGAUGGCUGCAUCUCCGGGAAGCCUGCACAGCCCCCAGCAGCUCGCAGAGGAGGCCACACGCAAACGAGAGCUGAGGCUGAUGAAAAACAGGGAAGCCGCUAAAGAGUGUCGACGUCGGAAGAAAGAAUACGUCAAGUGUCUGGAGAGCCGCGUCGCGGUGCUGGAGGUCCAGAACAAGAAGCUCAUAGAGGAACUGGAGACCUUGAAAGACAUCUGCUCUCCUAAGACAGACGUGUAGAAAUAUUUAACUAUGGACUGAUGACAGCGUGUACAGUUGCUUUUGAAGGCAAUACAAUAUACAGCCGGCAAGAACGAUGGCUUUUCUCCUUUGUAUCAUUCAUCGGAUUUUCUAAUCUCUAACAUUCCCAAACUGCUUCACUGUACGUAGUUAACUCUUAGCUGUAACUUCAAUUUUUUAAAAGAGACAAACUAAAAAAAAAAAAAAAGUACGUAACAGAUCCUUAAGGUGCGGUAUUUGUAGGACUUGUUGCCACAUAUUUGUAGCUCCCAAUCUCUGGGUCAGGAAUAGUGUCUUAUGCAAUAAAUUUUGUGCAGGUCUUUAAAAAUCACUUUAGGGAAGGAUGAUCACAGAUGACGCAUCCAGCAGUACAAUAAAAGUAAACCACUGAAAAUACCUCAGGAGAAACAGAACGCACCCAAGGAUACGCCUGUGUGAAAGUAAUGCCGAGGAAUUUACGGCACCUGCAGAUUUUUAUGUUAGUUGCUUUGUAAAGAAGAUACUGUGUUGCUGCCCUUGAGCACCUCAGCUGAAGGGAGUUCUUAACAGAACCGUGCUGGUUACACUUUGUAGUGUUUGCUGCUCAUUUAUCUAUCUGAACAGUUCCUAUAGUUUUGACUCUGUUGUGUUACAUAAAAGAUCUCACAUAA